AUGUCCUCCACCAGCGACUUUGCCCCUGGCACCUCCAAAGCAGGCGACCCCGACACGCUGGCCUCGUCCAACCACCUGGACCGCCUCCUCACAGCAGGCGGCCAUGUCAAUGACCGCUCCCAGCUCCCUCUCCCCGUGGUGCACCGCAGCUUCGCCAACCCGACACCACUGGGACUGAUUUCAUUCGCUGCCGACAUCUUCCUCAUAUCCGUCUACGGCCUGCACGCCCGCGGCAUCCAAUCCCCAAAUGCCAUGAUCGGGAUGCUCAUCUUCUUUGGCGGCGUGUGUCAGUUCCUCGCGGGGAUUAUGGAGUUUAUUACCGGGAAUACCUUCGGCGCAACCGUCUUCCCCUCCUACGCAGCAUUCAACCUCUCCUACGCUCUAAUCUACAUCCCCGGAAGCGGGAUUCUAUCUGCAUACACGGACGCGACAACGGGUGCCCUACGGCCCGAAUUCAACCAGGCGCUGGCCCUCUACCUGUGGGUGUGGUUCAUCAUCACGGUGCUGUACACGGUUGCGGCGAUGCGGUCGACCUGGGUGCUUUUUCUGGAUCUGCUUGCCCUGAGUGUGUGUCUUUUACUGCUGGCUUGUGGGUUUAUGACGGGGGUGGAGGGAUUGCUCACUGCCGGGUAUGCUGUCGGCGUGGUGGUGUGUUUUCUCUCUUUCUGGGCCGGAUGUACAGGGCUGUAUACCGGGAUUACCCCGAUCAAGUUGCCGGCCUUUGAGAUGGGAUCCAGGGUCUGA